AUGACAGGCGUCAUUGGCGCCGAAGGCACUCCCUCGGACCUCACAAAGGCAAACGCAUCGCCGUCUCCGAGCGAGAAGGAGGACGCCAAGGAGCUCGUUCCAAAGAUCAAGACGGCGUUGAGGGAGAACAGGGCCACCGAAGCGCUGGAGCUUGCGAACAAGGCCGUAGGCCUGGACGGCAGCAGCCACAGGAUGCUUGCCAUGCGCGGAAUGGCCUUGACUGCGCUGAAGAUGCCCACGGCCGCCAUCGCCGACUGCGACGCCGCGCUCGAGCACAACAAGGAGAGCCUGUACGCCCUGCGCUGCCGUGGCAAGGCACACGCCAUGCUGGCUCUUUGGGAGAAGAGCCACAAGGACCUUGCUGCAGCUGACAAGAUCAAUCCCGACGACAGUGAGGAAGGUAUCGCACUCAGGAAGCAAGUCAAGGCGAACAUGCAAAAGAUGGAGACCAUCAUGGAGGAUCCGGCCGUGAAUGAGGUGCUCAACGACGACCAAACGCUCGAGGCUUUGAAGAACCCGGAGAUCAAGGCUGCGUUUGAGGACUGCGUGGACCAUCCAGAGAAGCUGGCCGAGUACAAGUCCAAGCCUGAGAUUUGGCGCGUCAUGGAUCGAGUGCUGUCUCGCUUCAACCAGUGA